AUGCCUACCGGAUCCUGCCUUUGCCGAAACCUCCAAUAUGAGUUUGCCGGAGAGCCACAAGGAAUGGCUACCUGCCACUGCCUAUCAUGUCGGAAGAUCAGCGGCGGCACGAAUACGGUUAACAUCAUGAUCCCGGAGAACGAUUUCAAAAUCACUGCCGGUACACCUAAGCGCUACAGUGUGGUCCAUGAAAGUGGUAUGAACUUAACUGUCCAUUUCUGUGACAAUUGUGGUGGUGCAAUCUACAAGACGGCCGAUCUCGAAGCUUUUAAGGGCGUUGCUGUUGUUCAGGUUGGGACUUUGGACGACCCCGAUGCAUUCGCGCAGGUCAAGCCGACCAUGGAGUUUUGGACGAAGUAUCGAGUACCGUGGCUUUCCAAUCUUGAGGGGACUGCACAGAUGUUGGAAUUUUAA